CAAACAUGUCUUCAUGGACCAAUUUCCUUUCUUUAAACAGCUCUCAUGCCUCCUCUCUAGACUAUAAUUUUCCUACUUAAUGAAAAUUCACAUGCUCUGUUAGUUGAAAUAGAAUUCACCCAUUCUUCUUCAAUAAAUAUGCUUCACUUCCCCCCCUCACCUUUUCUCCUCCAUUUCUAAUAUUUCAAAAACCCACAAAAAUAGAAUUUCCCAUGAAAAGUUGUAAAGUUAUUCUCUUUUUCAUCCUUUAUUUGUUCCUCAUAUAUUUAUCAACUGCUUUCUCCCCUCAAGAUAAUUACUUGAUAAACUGUGGUUCAAAUACUGAUGCUAUAGUUGAUAACAGGCACUUUCUUGGGGACUCUAAUGACCAAAAUUCAGUUCAUACCUCUCAAGGUAAGUCAAUUUUUCAAAAAAAUCCAAACCCAUCUUCCAAUUUGUCUUUCCUUUAUACUACUGCUAGAGUUUUCAAUGGUGCUUCAAAAUAUGUUCUGAAUAUCAAGAAGAUUGGGACCCAUUUUUUGCGCCUUCAUUUCUCUCCUUUCACUGCUCAGAAUUAUGAUCUAAGAAAAGCAAGUUUCAGUUUUUCUGCAAAUGGGGUUCUGCUUUUUAGUAAUUUUAGUGUUAAUACUACUGUGCUUAGAGAGUUCAUAUUGAUGGUGGAUAAUUUUGAGCUUGAAAUUGAGUUCACACCAACUUAUGAAUCCAAUUUUGCUUUUGUGAAUGCAAUUGAAGUGUUUUCAGCUCCUGAUGAUUUCAUAAUUGGUGAUGGGGCUAAAUCAGUUGGUCCUAGGGGAAUUCAGGAGUUCAAUCAGAAUAUGACAUUACAGACAUUAGAAACUGUUCAUAGGAUUAAUGUUGGAGGGUUAAAGUUAACUCCUUUUAAUGAUACUAUGUGGAGAAGUUGGGUUCCUGAUGAGGAUUUUCUUGUCUUGAAAUCUGCUGCUAAAAUAGCAAGAACCUCUCAUGUUCCAAAGUAUCAAAAGGGUGGUGCCACAAGGGAAAUUGCUCCUGAUAAUGUGUACAUGACAGCACAACAGAUGAAUAGGGAGAAUGUAACUACAGAUUUCAUAUUCAAUAUCACAUGGAACUUUCCUGUGGAUAUUGGUGAUGCGUCGCACUUUGUUCGCUUGCAUUUCUGUGACAUUGUUAGUAUGGCACCUGGCCAGUUGUACUUUAAUGUAUAUCUCAACGGGUUCACAGCGUACAAAGACCUUGAUUUGUCUUCCGUUACAUUCCGUGAGCUUGCUACACCGUAUUACAUAGAUUUUGUGGUGUACUCAGGCAGUUCAGGCGUUGUGCAAGUAAGCAUUGAUCCUUCUAACCUAAGUAGUACUAUGAGGAGGAAUGCCAUUCUGAAUGGUGUUGAGAUUAUGAAAAUGGUUAAUUAUGUGGCUUCAAAAUCAGGUUCUAAGAAGAGAAAUGUUUGGGUUAUAGUGAGUUCUGUUCUUGGAAGUUUUAUUCUGCUGAGUGUGGUUAUACUUGCUGCCUUGCUAUUCUUUGUCUGCAGAAAGAAAAAGCUAAAACCAAAGCGUUCA